AUGACGCGCGUACCUGCGACGAGCACGCCAAUCGUCCGCGCCAAGGUGCUCUGCGAGAAGAUCAGCGAGGUCUACCCCGGACGGAGCGUGCACCUCAUCGGACAUAGCAUGGGCGGCCUGGACUGCAGGUAUCUGACGACGCAUCUGACGGACCGGCCGUUCAAGGUGCUGAGCGUGACGACGAUCUCGACACCGCAUCGCGGGUCGUCGUUCGCAGACCACUUUCUGGCGACGGUCGGGCGCGAGCGCAUGCCCAGCGUGCUCGCGUUGCUCGAUCUGCUGCCGAACGGCGGCGGAGACGGGAAGGCGUUCGAGUUUUUGACGGUGGAGAACAUGCGGAAGUUCAACGAAGAGACGCCGGAUGUGCCGGGUGUGAAGUACUUUAGCUGGGGUGCCGUGUACGAGCCCGGGCUGAUUGAUACGUGGAAGUGGCCGCACUCGGUCGUGCUGGAGAAAGAGGGGCCGAACGACGGGCUCGUGUCGCUCAAGUCGGCAAAGUGGUGGAAGCGCAGGCAGCCUUUGCUGCCGUCCUCUCCGCACCCAGACCGGUCUGCACGAAGAAUACGUCCUGCUAGCCUGGAGCGUGCGAUGUUCGGGCUCUGA